AUGUCCCAGUUCGACCUCGGUGCCGCUGUUGGAUGGGAGGGCGAAGACCAGCCGGUUUCUUGGAACCAGAGGGACAUUCUGGUGUAUGGUAUUGGAAUUGGUGCGAAAGCCAACGACUUUGCGAUCAUCAAUGAACUGGACAAGUCAUGGUCGCCCUUCCCCACCUACCCCGUCUCAGGCACGAACCAGGAUGUUGUCAACUUCCGGAAACUCAUGACUGGAGGCAAGCACUCUCCCCACCUUCCGAAGUUUGACCCCAACCGCGGAGUUCACGGUAGCCAGUCUAUUGAGAUCUUGAAGCCGCUGCCUGCCGUCAGCGGAGAAGGGUGGAAGGUUAAAAAGCGCCUGGUUGCUGUUUCGGAAAACAAGUCGGGCAUCAUUGUUGAGAUAGAAUCCACGGUUGUUGAUGCCCAUGGAACGCCAUAUGUCAAGCUCUACAGCGGGUCGUUUAACCUCGGGGCGAAGGCGACUGGCAGUAACUUCUCCAAGCGUAUCGCGGGGCCGCCUCAGGGCAAGCCAGUUCCCAAGGACCGCAAGCCCGACUGGGUCGUCCGCGACCAGACCUCUCCCGAGCAAGCGGUCAUGUACCGUCUGAGCGGUGACUAUAACGAGCUCCACAUCAACCCUGCUAUCGGAAAAGCCGGCGGCUUUGGCGGCGUCAUCCUCCACGGCCUUUCGACCUUCGGCUUCGGCGCACGCGCAAUCGUCGAGGCCGUCGGCGGCGGCGACCCCGCGUCCCUCACCCUCUUCGGCGUCCGCUUCACCGCGCCUGUCAAGCCCGGCGACGCGCUCGAGACGUCGAUUUGGGACAUGGGUCCCGCGCGUGCGCCCGGGCACGAGGGCGAGACCGAGGUCGCCUUUGUCACGAAGAACGCUGCGAGCGGAAAGGUGGCUCUUGGCGCGGGCGUGGCGUACGUUAAGAAAGUGGAGAAGAGCAAGCUGUGA